AUGGUUUCUUUGCAAGAAAAUGCUGAUCAAAACGGUUCUUCUGAUAAAGAAAAGCAGCAAGUGAAUCCGCAGCAAGUGAAUCCUCAGGCAGAGAUCGCAUUCUCACAAGGGGUUGACGAUGUACCUAAAAAUGAAUCAUCGGAUUCUGAUGUCAAUGCCAUGGCGAAUGAAUUGCCUCAGUCGCCGGACUCUUCACCGCUCGAGACACAUUUCCAGAGCCUCGGUACACCUUCGAAUGAAUUGCUUCCGUCGCAAUCUAGUCAGCGCACUUUCGCUAUAAUUCGCGAAAAGGUAACAUCAGAUGGCUUUAACUGGCGAAAGUAUGGCCAGAAAAACCUCAAGACGGAAGGAUUUAAAAGGUGCUAUUACAAAUGUUCACAUUCAAACUGCCUGGCGAAAAAGAAAUUUGUGAUGUCACCCGAUGGAAACUUCGAAGGUUACACUUACACCGGUCAGCAUAGUCAUUCUAAACCUCAAUCGAACACCGUGCCACCGGUUGACCCAGUUCUUCCGGUUCUUGAACAAGGACUGCCUCAAUCGUCUUUGGCCAAUGUGGAAGGUCAAGACAAAUCAUCGGUUGAGUAUGAAUCUACACCUCAACAGAUCAGUCCUUUACGUUACUGUCCACCUUCAAAUGCUUCCGAAACUCAUGACUCAAAGCGGCUGAGGAAAGACGAUAGUAACACUCAUACCAUUGGAGGUGACAUGUCAACUGGUGAAUUUCGCCUUGUUGUUCAUACUCCAAGUGAGUCCGGAGUCGUAGAUGAUGGGUAUCGCUGGCGCAAAUACGGGCAAAAAAAUGUUAAAGGGAAUGAAAAUCCAAGAAACUAUUAUCGAUGCACGUCUCCUGGAUGCCAUGUCAAAAAGCAUGUUGAAAGAUCCCCUGAAAAUCCAAUAAAUGUCAUAACUACCUAUGAGGGUGAACAUGAUCACGAACCCCCUACAAGACGAUUUCCUUGUAAUACAAGCAAGCCGAAACACAAAUCUGGAGGCAAUAAUGUUUGUGCUGAUAUGGUUUCGUUUCAAGUGGUCGUGCUUCCUAACGGUGUUUUUGAAAAUAAUAUAUAUGAGGAAGAGCAACAAAAUGAAGACCCUAGUCCCAAAGACGAUCCUGAAGAAGAGCAACAAAAUGAAGAUCCUAGUACCAAAGACGAUCCGGUAAGCAAUAAUACCGUGAUACGCGAGCCAAGUACCGAAGUUCCAUGCAGAUCAAAUGAACAUGAUACUGUUAUUGUUUCUGGUCAUGAUACUCCUAGGACUACAAGUGAACUCAAAAAGGUUCCUGAAGAUGGAGCUAGUGAUUGA